AAAGAAAAGGCAGGAGCGUUAACUCCAAAAGCCAUAUCAAAUAGGAUCAAGGCGAAAGGACUGCAGAAGUUGAGAUGGUAUUGUCAAAUGUGCCAAAAACAAUGUCGAGACGAGGUAUAUAAGCUUAAGCUUAAGAUAAGCUUACAAUGUUUUAAUAUAGAAAUUGAAAGCUUCUAAAAUUUCGGCAAACUCUCCACACAUAACAGCUUUCUUGUACAAGUUUUCCCACUGUUCUCAUUUAUUCUUUAUAAAUCAAACACCAGCAUGAAUAAAGUUCGAGUCGUAAAUUAAAAUGGAUGCGUGAAGUGAUGUAGAGUAGUGCUGUGAGGAAUAGAAACAAUAAAGCAGUAACUCAUCUUAAACUUGUGACAGCGCAUUCGAUUAGACCUCAAUCACUUAUCAUUUUAUGUGCAUCUACUGAGCACCGGAUGGACCCUUUAAGAAAAGAACAGGAAUUAAGGCUUGUUGAAAAAUUGGAAUUAAUUUAAAUAGGAACUUUUAAUGACCUCGUAAAGAAGUUGUCAUUGAAAUAUAUGUUACUUUUAGUCCUUCCUUUCUUUUUUUUCUUCUGCUUUCUCUACUGCUUAAAGCACACACAAUGUGCAGUGUACAGUUUGCUUAAGACUACUGGCAUUUGGACCUGAGAGCUCUACGCAGUGUUGGCAUUUUGACCUGAACACCCUGCUUAUUAAUACAAAAAUCUGCAAUUUACAGCCCUAAACAAAAUGACGAGCAUCAAGGAAAUUUCCUUCUCCUCCCCCCCCCCCCCCCCACCCCGCAGCUUUGCUAGUAUAAUAUUUUCUUAUACCAAGUGUCACUGUUAAGUCAUUGUAGAGUUUGUUGCUUCUUCACUUCUGUCAGUGUUAAUGUGUUGCAAUCAUAUUAUAAAGCUUUCUUUCUCAUUUUUUUGGAAUGAUCACAAUGGUUUCAAAUGUCACACCAUGUCCGAGUCACACCAGCGUCAGCUGCUGUUGUUAGCUGAAGAUGUUGAUAAGUACAUGGAUAGCUUCUCCAGGUAG